AUGGUCUUAACAGAUUCAAAAUCUUCUCUCGCGUCUUCGCAAUCUUCCGACCAAUUGAUUCAUAAAGAACAAUCUUCUACUCCUCAAUCUCAGCACCAACAACUGCAAGAGCAACAGUCAGAAGAACAACAACAACAACCAGAAAUUCAAGAAGAAGAAUUAAAAACUCAGGCAGUAAAUAUACAACCAACUCAAGACCAGGACCAGAACCAGGACCAGGGCCAAGUUCAAGUUCAAGUUCAAGUUCAAGUUCAAGUUCAAGAUUCGGCUCAAAGCCAAGCUUCAGAUCAGGUUCAAGACCAAGUUCAAGAUCAAGACCAACAGCAGCAGCAACAAGAAGAAUCAGUCCAAGAAUCAGUUCAAGAAUCAGUUCAAGAACAACCACAAGGCGAAUCACAAGAAGAAUCACAGCAAGAACCAGCGACUUCAACUCAACAACCGCAAGAACAAACAGAAUCUACUGCAGCUCUUGAAGUGGAACUCAACGAUAAUGACGAUGAUGCAAAUCUAUACAUUAAUCUUCCUUCAGCAGACGCACCUUCUCCAGCCCCGUCUACUUCCACUCAGUUUUUAGAUCAAAAACAAGCUGUAUCCGCAACAGUAGUAGUACCAACCUCAUCUGUCGCAAAUACUUCUACCCCAGAAGAUGAUGCAGCCACAACACUUAACAAUGCAGUUGCUGCUGCUGCUUUAGCUGCUGCACAAGCUGCAGCCGAAGCCGUGGAUGAAGAAGACGAUGAAGAGCAAUCAAAAACUGUAGAGGCCAUGGAACAAUCUCUUAACAGACAUCACGAAAAUCACCGGAUUCAAGUCACAGAAGAGGAACAGCCAGGAUCAGCAGAUCCAAUAACAACAACAACUUCGACCAAAGAAGAUGACGUUGAUGUCGAUAUGACUGUAGAAGACGACAACGAUCAAGAAUUACCUGACCAACAACAAGAGGCAAAUUCUGAAGUGGUCACGGCAGCGGCAGUGGCAGCAGCUCGAGCAGCAGCCGAAGCUGCUGCAGAUUCUUUUGAAUCUGACCAAGAAGAAGAAAAACCUAAGGAACCGAAACCAAAUGGCGUUCCUUCCAAAAAGCAAAAGGAAAAUUUACCUUCUUCGACCUCCAUUUCCAUUUCCACCUCUACCUCGUCUUCCGCUUCUUCCCCUCCAUCUGAACCUAAUGCCCGCCCAUGGCCUAUUGACAAACCAGUCAAUGCCCAGGAAUUUCAACAUCUCCCACGAAUUCUCCGCGAGUCUCUUGUGGAGUCUUCUGAGUAUGCAAAUGGUCUUACGUAUAUCCCCCAAAUCCAAUCUAAGGCAUUUGACAGCAAAGAUUCAGCAGUGUCUUACCUUAACCGUUUUGCAAGUCAUGAGGGGUUCGAAGUUGAAUUGUCUUCUUCAUCGGAUAAGUUAAUCUACCACUGUACACACGCACAAACAUGGCCUAAACGCUCCCACGCAGAAAUGGAGCUUGACCACGAAAAUGUUUAUGAGCCGUGCCCCUUUAAGGUGGCCGUUUCUUAUAACCCCUCUAACGAUAUUUGGUACCUUGAAUCUCUUUUCCCAGACCACAAUCAUGGUCCCACAGGUCCCGCGGCUUCAGCAAAACGCCGCCGCCUGACUUACUUUCAAAAAACAAUUAAAGACGAAAUAGAGUUGCCAUCCAAGUUCUUUAAACCAGUAUCUCAUGCUCACUAUGGUACCUCCACGCCUCCAGUUUUCCAAGCCCCUCCUUCCAUUACAAACGCCUAUUCAUCUCCCGGCGAACCUGAAGACUUAAAAAAACCCGACAUGCUACGCGGGCUUGUGGGCGCAUUACGCUUUGACAAUGCCUACGUUGCUGAUCGACUCGACAAGAACGGUGCAGUGACACAUCUCUUUUGGACUACGCAAGGAUGUAUGGACAUGCUGCGCAUGUUUCCCGAGGUGCUUUUUAUCAACAUUGUGCGCAGCCCAAAUGUGCCUCCAUUAGUACACAUUGUUGGUAUUACGUGCUUUGACACAACAUUUGAGGUCGGGUACGGGUUUAUUAAAACUCAUGUUGUUGACGGUCUGGCAUGGGUACUCAGCAGUUUAAAGGAAAUUGCAACAAAGGCACUGCAAAAGGAGUAUCGACCAACUGCCGUGAUUAUGCACCAUGAUUUGCAGCUCAUGGGCGCUGUCGAGCUACAGUUUGAAAAUACAUCUCAAUUUUGUGUAUCUCAGUUGAUGCGUGAUGUCAAUGAAAAGGCAAGCGAUUUCUUUAGUGCGCCAACUGAACGUCGCCGAUUCAUUGAAAAGUUUCAAAAACUGGUGGACUCUGAGACUGCUGACAUUUAUUCUUUCAAUGAGGCUGAUUUCCGUAAAGAGUAUCAGGGUACUAAGAUUUUCGAGUACGUGACAUACCAAUGGCUUCAGCAAAAGACGCGCUUUGUGCGUGCCUAUGUUGAUCAGCACUUACACUUUAACAACUAUACCAUGGGUAAGGCUGAGCUAGCGCAAGCAACUAUCACCAAUUAUGUGCUGGAAUGCAAUGGCGAUGUAUUGAAGAUGUAUUAUCGGAUAUCUGAUAUGCUUAAGCGCAAUAAGGUGAUUUAUGAUAAUCGGCUCAAGAGUGAACAAGAACGAUGUCCAAUGAAGUUUUUUGUGCCAUUUUUCGAUGACGUUCGGUUUAAGGUGUCAACACAUGCCUUAGAGCUUAUCAAGGAACAACAUGAGUUAUAUCUGGAAGCACAAUCAAUUCAUGAACCUCUUUCAAGGUGUACGUCAAUGUUUACAAAUACUACUGGACUGCCUUGUAAACAUACAUUGGCACGACCAGCUACAAUGGACGACAUCCAUCCGCACUGGUGGCUUAACAAACAAAAAACGCAUUUGGUUCCACUUUCCGACCACGAUAAGCGGGACAUUGAGCUCAUGUCCAAGUUUGAUCAUAUGCAGUCGCUAGUCAAGCAGCACUUUUUGAACUACUCGCAGCUGGACCUGCGCGAGUACAUGCUGCACGAAAUGAUGAAGUUUUUUUGCCGACUGGGUGUACCAGGAAUUGAUGCACGGGCUGCUGGGAUUAUUUCAUCUGGAGGAAAUGCUCCGGGGACUCCAGGCACACCUGCAUCGCCCAGUUUAAAUCCGCGCGUGACACCUCCGCCACAGUCAUCUGCUAUUAUGAGCCCAAAUAUUUUGUCAGGUUCUGCAUCGCCAGUACACCAUGGACCAGGAACGAGCUUAGGUGGAUUAAGAGUAUCUACACCGACAACAACUUCCCAUAAACAUUCCUUGAAUAAUGUGUCAUCACCACACCCGGAGGGAUCUGGAAACGUUAGUGUGGCAGCUGCUGCAGCGGCAGCGGCGGCGGCAGCAGCAGCAGUAGGCGGGUCGCUGGACGGGUCGCCAGACAUUCCGCUUGUGUUGUCACAAAUGUAUUCUUCUGGUGCUUUGCGAUCUCCGUCUGCAAGUGUCGAUGGAACAAACACGCCAGGAGCGACGUCAUCUGCACAGGGACAAAACCAUGGUUCUGUUUCUACUAGUAAUAAUGCUGGAGGUAAUCAUAAUAUACCGGCUAGCUCGGUGGCAGUAACAAGUUCAGUAGCGACAACAGGCACGAGUAUUCCUGCAACAAGGUCGUAUACGAGUACAGGAAGUACAGCUGAGUUUAACGAACUUGCGGCAGCGGCCGCAGCAGCAGCAGAGUUGGAGACUGGAGGUUAUAGUGGGGGAUCAUCUGGGUCUAGUGGAGCUGCAGCAAAUGGAGGUACAAAUGUGUCGUCAUCUGGGAUAUCUCAUGGGGUAUCAAUGUCAGGCGCGUCGACGGGUGCGGGUCAUCAUCUUUCUCACCAUGGUGCAGUUCAUUCGUCAUCAUCAUCUUAUGGUGGCUCAAGUGGAGUAGGGGUAGGAGCAAGUGGGUAUACUGCAAGUCCUGGGUCGUAUGAAUAUGGACAUGGUCGUGGUGGAAGCGCAAGUGGUGGAGGAGAGUUUUCGCCUGCGCCGCGCAAGUGUGGUAAAUGCAAUCAAAUUGGACAUAAUUCGCGGACUUGUGGCCAGCGAUUGUCUUUGGAUGGAUUGUAG